AUGUGGGUGGCAGUGGGCAUGCUCUGGAUCCUGGCCCUUGGGGGGUCCCACCAGGCCCGGGGCUCUUGUCCCUCUCAGUGCACCUGCGGCCUCCACAUCCUGGGUGAUGGCAGCAAGGCCAGGGCCGUGGUGUGCAGUGAUCCCGACAUGACCCUACCCCCAGCGUCUAUUCCUCUGGACACCUGCAGACUGCGCGUGGAGAGGACCGCCAUACGCAGAGUUCCUGGAGAGGCCUUCAGGGCAUUGGGCCGCCUGGAGCAGCUGUGGUUGCCCUACAACGCCCUCGCGGAGCUCAGUGUCCUCAUGCUGCGGGGACUGAGACGCCUGCGCGAACUGAGGCUGCCAGGGAACCGCUUGGCCGCCUUCCCCUGGGCCGCGCUCAGGGACGCCCCCCAGCUGCGGCUGCUGGACUUGCAGGCCAACCGCCUCUCGGUCUUGCCGCCGGAGGCCGCGCGCUUCCUGGGAAAUCUGACCUUCUUGGACCUCUCUAGCAAUCAGCUGAUGAGGCUCCCGCAGGAGCUGCUGCUCACCUGGGCUCAACUGAAGUCUGGGCCCUUCCUUCCUGGUCACCACGCCAGGCUUGUCCUAGGGCUGCAGGACAACCCUUGGGUUUGUGACUGCCAACUCUAUGACCUGGUCCAUCUCCUAGAUGGUUGGAUCCCAAACUUGGUCUUCAUCGAGGCCAAACUGAGGUGUGACACCCCACGUAAUCUGGCUGGAGUGGCCUUUAGCCAGCUGGAGUUGAGGAAGUGCCAGGGCCCAGAGCUCCGUCCAGGGGUGACCAGCAUCAAGUCCCCUUUGGGAAGUGCAGUAUUGCUGCGUUGUGGAGCCACUGGGGUCCCUGGACCUGAGAUGAGCUGGAGGCGAGCCAACGGGCACCCACUCAAUGGCACAGUGCACCAGGAAGUCUCCAGUGAUGGUGUAAGCUGGACUCUGUUGGACUUGCCUGCAGUGUCUAAACUGGACUCUGGAGACUACAUCUGCCAGGCAAAGAACUUCCUAGGAGCCUCUGAGACUCUUAUCUCCCUUAUUGUCACAGAGCCCCAGACAUCCACAGAACACACUGGGAUCCCAGGGGCAUUAUGGGCAAGGACAGGGGAAGGGGCGGAAGCUGCUGCUUACAACAACAAGCUGGUGGCCCGGCAUGUCUCGCAUAUUCCUAAACCUGCUGUCCUGGCCAUUGGGACCUCUAUGCCCAGCCUGAAGGAGAAGUUGGCCCUCCAGCACUUCCAGAUGGGUGCCCCAGGAGAGCUCUGGGAAGGGCAGGUUGAACCCCAGGAGGCACGGAUGGUGAAGUCACUCAAAGUGGUGGGGGACAGUUACCACAGAGUGUCCUUGGUAUGGAAGGCCCCCCAGGCUGGGAACACAACUGCCUUCAGUGUCCUUUACACCGUCUUUGGGCAGCAUGAUAUGCGUAGAUUGAUCGUGCCGCCGGGGAAGACCAGUGUCACCAUUGACGGACUGGCCCCCAAGACCAAGUACGUGGCAUGUGUCUGUGUGCGGGGCCUGGUGCCCCGAAAGGAGCAAUGCCUCAUCUUCUCCACCGACCAGAUGGUGGACGCCGAGGGCACCCAGCGGCUCAUCAACGUGGUGGUGAUCAGCGUGGCUGCCAUCAUCGCCCUGCCACCCACGCUGCUCGUCUGCUGUGGUGCUCUUCGUAGGCGCUGCCGCAAGUGCCGCACCCGGGGCACCACCGAGGCCACGGGGGCCUACGUCAACCUGGAGAGGCUGGGCCACAGCGACGACGGCUCCGAAGAGCUGUCUCGGCACAGCCUUAGUGAGGCCGACCGGCUCCUUUCCGGCCGGUCCAGCCUAGACUCUCAGGCUUUGGGGACCAGCGGAGGCAGAAGGAUGAACGAGUACUUCUGCUGA